AAUCUUUCAUCCCGGGUACAAGAAAAUCUUGCGGGUAUUCACCAGAGCCCCAUUAAACAAAAUGAGCUAACUUUUUAUUCCCUCCUGACUUCGCUCCCUUUCUCUGCCCUCGCGGAGUUCCCAAGUUUCCCUCUUUUACAGUCCGACGAAUUGUUGAAGUCGGAGAGAAUCAAAGAGGUCCGAAAAUGGAAGCCCAAGAGACUUUAUUAGAGGAGCUGCUAAACGUUGAAGUUGAGAUUCAAGAUGUUGAAGAGCAAAUGAAGAUAUUGCUUCAGAGACAAGAUACCUUGUAUGAGAGACAAUCUCAACUAAAGGCUCUGCUGGAAGCAUCAGAAGGAAGCGAAUACCCUGCCAAGGACACUGCUUCGACUACUGUUGAGAACUGGUCUGGCUCAUGUGAAUGGGAUUCUGAAGCUGAUGAUGUUAGGUUCAAUGUUUUUGGCAUAUCAACAUACCGUGCAAAUCAGAGAGAGAUCAUUAAUGCUGUCAUGAGUCGAAGAGAUGUUUUGGUAAUUAUGGCUGCAGGUGGUGGUAAGAGCCUUUGUUAUCAGCUUCCAGCAAUUCUUCGAGAUGGAGUUGCUCUUGUCAUCAGUCCUUUGCUUUCCUUAAUUCAGGAUCAGGUGAUGGGUUUGACUGCUUUAGGCAUUCCAGCAUAUAUGUUGACAUCAACUACUAGCAAGGAGGACGAGAAGUUUAUAUACAAGGCUCUUGAAAAGGGGGAAGGAGAUCUGAAAAUAUUGUAUGUGACACCAGAGAAAAUAUCAAAGAGCAAGAGGUUUAUGUCAAAACUUGAAAAGUGCCAUAAUGCUGGGCGUCUCAGUCUUAUUGCUGUUGAUGAGGCACAUUGCUGCAGCCAGUGGGGUCAUGAUUUUCGACCUGAUUACAAAAAUCUUGGCAUCCUCAAGAUUCAGUUUCCCAGUGUUCCUCUUAUUGCUCUCACGGCAACUGCUACUCAUAAGGUGCAAAUUGAUCUCACACAGAUGCUCCACAUUCCAAAAUGUGUCAAAUUCUUCAGCACCGUCAAUAGACCAAAUCUCUUUUACAUGGUACGAGAAAAGUCUUCAGUUGGCAAGGUGGUCAUUGAGGAAAUUGCUGGGUUUAUUCAAGAAUUUUAUCCAAAUAAUGAAUCUGGGAUUGUUUAUUGCUUCUCUAGAAGGGAAUGUGAACAGGUUGCAAAAGAGUUGCGUGAAAGUGGAAUUUCAGCUGAUUAUUAUCAUGCCGAUAUGGAUGUAAAUGCUCGUGAGAAAGUUCAUUUGCGGUGGAGCAAUAACAAAUUGCAGGUCAUUGUUGGCACGGUAGCAUUUGGUAUGGGAAUCAAUAAACCAGAUGUCAGGUUUGUAAUUCAUCACAGCUUGAGCAAAUCAAUGGAAACAUACUACCAGGAAAGUGGUCGAGCUGGACGAGAUGGACUGCCUUCUCAAUGCCUACUGUAUUUUAGGCCUGGUGAUGUUCCUAGGCAGAGUACAAUGGUCUUCUAUGAAAAUUCCGGAUUGCAAAAUCUUUAUGACAUAGUGCGAUAUUGCCUGUCUAAAAGACAAUGUCGUCGAAGUUCCAUUUUCAGACAUUUUGCUGAGCCAUUCCAAGACUGCAAUGGGAUGUGUGACAACUGUGCAUUCUCAAGUGAGAUUGAGGAAAUGGAUGUCUCUAGCCAUGCAAAAGUUAUUGUUUCUUUACUCCAAGAUAUUCGAGAAAAUGACCAGAGAUUGACAAUGUUGCAGUUGAUUGAUAAAUUGAAAACUAAGCACAAGGAACUAGGUUCUAACCUAAAAAGAGAUCAAAAAGAAGAGCUUGUCAUAAAGCUUAUAUUAGAUCGGGUUCUGAUUGAAGAGUUUCAGCAUACAGCUUAUGCUACAAAUGCUUAUCUCACAAUAGGACCAUUUGCCAAGCAGGUAUUGCAGGGAAAAAGGGAUGUUAAGCUUGAGGUCUGCAAUGCACAGAAAAAAGUUGCAGGUAUAAACUCUGUCAAACACAAUGUUGCAUUCUCUGGUUUGGAAAUGAAGCUUGAUGAGCUGCGGAAGGAACUCUCUUCAACUCAUGGCGGAAUAUUCCCACAUUCCAUUUUGUCAACCCAACAAAUAUGCAUGAUCAGUGCCCAGAAGCCCAAUACUCUGGAACAGUUGGAGAAGAUAAUUGGAAGACUGAAAACAGAGAAGUAUGGAAACCGAAUUCUUGAACAAAUAAUCAAGUACGCUGAUUCCAAUGAGUUGAAAGAUGAGCACGGAAGUGAUGUUAGACCCAAAAAAAGGCUAAAAACAAAGAAGCCUGUAGUUCUUAUUGAGAGCAGUGAUGAUGAUGCAUGAAAGGAUUCUUUUCAAUUAUUUUCGUUCCAACACAGGGUGGCAAGCAGUGGGAGGAGAGUGAGCAAACAAAUUUUUUUUUUUUUUUUUCCCUCUCCCCUGUUUUUUGAGUUCACCAUGAUCGUACACCCUUAACAGUCUAUGGGUAUAACACCAACGAAAUGAAAGAAUGAGCCAAAGCCAUGUUAAUCUUCACAUCUGAUUAAUACUUGGAUUGUAUUUGGAAUUAUUUUUUGACAUUUCAAAGCGUAUUGUUUGUAAAAUUUUUCACUUUUAUUAUACAAGAAAUUCAAAGGUAUUGAUUA